UUGUUGCAGCCACGUGGUCAUAGGAGUGGGCUGGGUUUCUGAGAUCAGAUGGGUGGUUAGCAGAGAGGAGCUAGGCAAUGAACAAACCAAGCCAAGAUUCCUACAUGCAGAGCAUGUGUGCAGGCUCAGGCCCAGGCUCUCGUGCACUUAGAACUGCUGGGAUGUUGAGAUUGGGCUGGGGGGUGGCAGUUCAGUUGGUAAGGUGUUUGUUGCACAGGCAUCAGCUUGAUCCCCAGGGACAGGAAAAAAUGUUGCCGUGGUUGUGUAUGCUUAUAACCACAAGGCUAGUAGGAAGAAUAGGCAGAUGCCAGCCCAGUCCACUAGUCCAGUUGGUGAACCCUAAGUCGUAGUAAGAGAGCAUCUCAAUAAAAAAAAAAAAAAAAGGUAGGUGGUUGUCAAGAAACAGCACCACUUCCAGCUUCUGCACUGUGCACACCCACCCAUCCCGCGCUCACCCUCACUACACAAGGACACCAAGGAGAUGAGGUGGAAUAGUCACGAAGACCACAUGAGAUUUAGUAACUCCUCUGCUUCAUUAAUAGUCCAUCUUCCCUUCCUCAAAGCCAUUCCCACUUCAUUCUAAAUCCCCACUUUAAUCAUGCUCAAAAAGCAUCUUCUGCUAGGCAUAGUGGAGCACACCCUUAAUCCCAGCACCCAAAAGGCAGAGGAGGAUUUCUGGCCAGCCUGGUUUACACAGCGAGCUCCAGCCAAUGGACAGCCAAUGCUACCUGAAGAGACCCUGUCUCAAAAAACAUACUAACUGAACAAGCAGAUGUUAAAACAUACUAACUGAACAAGCAGAUGUUAAAACAUACUAACUGAACAAGCAGAUGUUAAAACAUACUAACUGAACAAGCAGAUGUUAAAACAUACUAACUGAACAAGCUCGUGUUAAAACAUACUAACUGAACAGGCUGGUGUUAAAACAUACUAACUGAACAGGCUGGUGUUAAAGCAGCUACUGCUCUUCACUUCUCACAGAUGGUGAUGUCUCUUCCCAACUGUCCAAGUCUUAUCUAUUGGGUUCAGCAGCCCAUGAACUGUUUCUGUUAAGCCCAUCUGUGUUCUCAAACAGCCCCUUCACUGUUCCUCAUUCUCUGCUGAAAUAGAAGCCAGGAGUCAUGCUAAACCUGUCUCUCAACCAUUGUAAGAAACAGUUUUCAACAUCUCUCAAGUUAGAAUAUAGCUUAGAAUCAUUAGACAAGUUGAAUUUUAAUUAGUAGCAUUUUAUUUCUAUUUUAGAGUCAUUCAGAAUUAUAUCGUGUCUCCCAGCAUGGGUACCAAGAGCCAGAAUUUGCCGUGCCAGCUUAAGGUGGCGCUCAGUUGGUACUUGCUGUGAAGGGGGAUCAUUACAUAACAUGCACCAGACCACAGUAGCUUCAUGUCAUGAAAGUCAUGAAGGAGACUAGGGAGGUGGCUUAGUGGGCAGAAGUGCUGUGCAAGCCUGACAACUGUAACUGUAGGAUGCAGUCAUGUGGGUAGUCUGUAAGCCAAGCACACAACAGGAAGUAGGAGGGCAGAGACUGAAUCUCCAGAAGCUAACAGGCCAGCUAGCCUGGGAUACCCAGCAACCAAGAAACCAUGACUCCAGCAAGGUAGAAAGGCAAAGAUCAAUACCCCAGCAGUUGUAACAGCACGAGAGCCUAGGCCUGAGCCUGCACCCCUACUUUGCAUGGAACCUGUAUAUGGAUUCACUCCUUUGAUGGAAGCAGCUGCCGCUGGCCAUGAGAUAAUUGUGCAGUAUUUUCUGAAUCAUGGAGUCAAAGUGGACACAAGAGACCACAGUGGAGCCACAGCCCGGAUGCUAGCCAAGCAGUAUGGUCACAUGAAGAUUGUGGCUUUGAUGGAAACUCACUCACCUGUACUGCCCAAGAGCCUCUACCGUAGCUCAGAAAACUAUGAAGACCUGAGCUCUUCAGAUGAGUCCUGGCCUGUUCCUCAGCGCCAGAGGCCCUGUCGAAAGAAGGGCCUGAGUAUCCACGAGGGGCCUCGCGCCCUGGCCAGGAUCACAGCUACUGGACUGGGAGGCAAGACUCCGGACAGCUAUGAGCAAGUUCCUCCACGGGGCUAUGUGACCUUCACCAGCAGUGAUGAGAACACCAUGGAAGGCGAGGGCCUCUGCUACCGAGAUGUCACUUCCCCCAUCAAUGAACGCGAUGUGGAGAGCAGUAGCAGCAGCAGCCGGGAGGAACCCACUUUCUGUGCCAGUCUUGGGCCUGUGUGGAGGAGCAGCAGCAGUGAUGGCCUAGCAAGAGCCCAGGGUCUCAGCAGUGAAGCCUCCAUAGAGAGCAAUGAGGAUUCUGAUCACGCCCGCAAAAGCUCGGUUCGUAAACAAACCAGGACUUAUUUGAAGAAUAAGAGUCGUCACAACAACAGUGAUGGUCACUGGCCUUCUAGCACAGGGACUGCUCGCACUCCAGGGUCUGAACCCCAAGCUGAGAAGUCCCCUUACUCAGGACCCCAGGAUCUUGCCACACUGUUGGAACAGAUCGGCUGUCUAAAGUACCUGCAAGUGUUUGAGGAGCAGGAUGUAGACCUGCGUAUCUUUCUGACCCUCACUGAAAGCGACCUGAAGGAAAUUGGCAUCACGUUGUUUGGGCCCAAAAGGAAAAUGACCUCUGCCAUUGCCCGAUGGCACAGUAGUGCCCGCCCACCUAGUGAUGCCCUAGAGCUGGCCUAUGCUGACCGGCUGGAGGCGGAGAUGCAGGAGCUUGCCAUCCAGCUGCACAAAUGCUGUGAGGAGGCAGAGGCUCUGCGUGGCCAAGUCUCCCAGGAGCAGGAAUUGCGGGCUGUAGUAGAGAGCUGCCUCCUGGAGCAGGAUAGUGCCCGAAAGGACAUCCAUGCCCAGCUGCAGGAGGCCCAAACCCUGGCCCAGGAUGCUGCUCUUGUCCUAGACCAGCUGCGGGCCUGUCAAGCUGAGUUGUCAGCUCGAUUGAAGCAGCACCACUCCCCCAGCGAAGCUACCCAAAACCCACCCUUUCUCCCAGCAGAUUCCAAAGGCUGGCCUAUUCCCCUGCAGGCCUUGAGCCUCCCUGAGUUGUCAGGAGCCCUGGAAGACCGUGUCCAUGAGAUGGGCAUUAUGCUCCGUAACGCAGAGCCUGGAGAAACUACAGAUGCUGAAUGGGAAGAAAUGGAGGGAACCAUAGCCAGGAGGGACGGUGAGAGUAUCCACUGCGUGCCCAUGAGUGCCUUGGACCACUUGACCUUCCUGUCCCUUCUUACCAGGUGCUCUCUCCCUCUCUCUUAAACAAAUUUAUUCAGAUUCUGACGUUGGGUGACGAAUCCACCCUGAAGUUAUGUGCCACGCAAGACAGGGCAGUGAGCAGAUGGCUGCGGCAGCCCAGGGAAUAGAAGACCAGCCCAGGGAGCAGCUUGUGGACAGGAGGACAGGACUUCAGUCCUCACUAGGGCAGCUUGGGCCAGCCCUGAGACAGGAUGAAGGGCCUAGCACCCAGAUUCUGGUGGAGAGGCCCAUGCUGGUAGGCAGAGGCAGCUUUGGCUCAGACCAGGCAGGGCCGUAUGGAGAGGCUAAGUCCUGCACAUGUAGGGGCCACACUGAAGUCUGAUUUUACAGUCGAAGUCUGGGGUGCCUAGAAAAUGUACUCUUUGAAAAUAAAAUUAGACGCAA